CACCAACUGCUCCUCCUCCCUCCUUAGUCCAUCAGAAUUCAGCAGCCUCUCUAGGGCAGGGAUAAGGAAAAAGAAUGGCUUUUCUUGGGGUGCUCUUGGUGGGAUUGCUCUGUUUGGGCUCAUCUGUUCAUGGAUAUGGUGAUGGCUGGAUCGAUGCGCAUGCGACCUUCUACGGCGGCGGCGACGCUUCUGGCACAAUGGGCGGGGCUUGUGGCUACGGGAACUUGUACAGCCAGGGCUACGGCACGAACACAGCAGCCCUGAGCACUGCCCUGUUCAACAGCGGGCUGAGCUGCGGGGCCUGCUUCGAGAUCAAGUGCGUCAACGACCCACGGUGGUGCAACCCGGCCUCGAUUGUGGUCACCGCCACCAACUUCUGCCCGCCGAACAAUGCGCUCCCCAACAAUGCCGGCGGCUGGUGCAACCCACCUCUCCAUCACUUCGAUCUCUCCCAGCCAGUGUUCCAGCAGAUUGCCCAGUACAGCUCUGGGAUUGUCCCUGUGGCUUAUAGGAGGGUACCAUGUCAAAAGAAGGGAGGCAUCAGAUUCACCAUCAAUGGUCACUCCUAUUUCAACUUGGUCCUGAUCACCAACGUUGGAGGUGCAGGGGACGUCCGCUCUGUUUCGAUCAAGGGCUCGCGGACCGGCUGGCAACCCAUGUCCCGGAACUGGGGCCAGAACUGGCAGAGCAAUUCGAACCUCGACGGACAGAGCCUCUCCUUUUCGGUCACCACCAGUGAUGGCCGGACUGUGGUCUCCAACAACGUGGCACCCCCCAAUUGGUCCUUUGGCCAGACCUUCGCCGGCCGGCAGUUCGUGUGAAUUUGAGCACGAUGUCUAGUCCCUCCAGGCUUCGCUAGUAGUUUAGGGUUCAAUCAGGACAAGAAUUGUGUAGUUAGUACUAGAAGCCCAUAGGGGGCAGUCAUGCAAAUUAAGACAUGAUGACAGGUUUAUUUUAGAAUGGCCUUUAUCAUGUGACAACUAAGGCCUUGUCUAUUCAGUUCUGGUCUACUUUAAAGAACAGAACAGAACAGUAAAGAUGGCUGUGGUGGGGGUGCUGAGUAAUGUUGCCACCCUUCAUGAGUCAACAGUCUUUUCAUUAUCUGGUUGUGUUGUAUUGUGUGUCAUCCACUGGUGAAGUUACCAUGGAUGGAGUAUUGUAAUGAGCCUAUUGUUUUGCCUUUUCAAAUGUCGAGUCAUGGUUUGUU